GCAGCCCAAAAACACAAGGAAAAAACAAAAAUCCAGUAGAAUACAUUGAAUGUUGUAGGAGUACGAAUUUAACGACUUUUCGAAAUAUUUUUAGCACUCCAACUUGGUAGGCGGGUCCUUUGCUGUAGAGGUGCACACGAAUGUUUUAGUCACUUUGAGAAGGGAUUUCAUUGAGACUAGUCGACUUCAUCUUUCUGCUUACAAAUAUUAUUUUCGUGUUCGUUAAAAAAAAUUGAAAAAUCAAACAACGAUGAAGGGCGAAAAAAUUGUGGACGAUGAACGUGAGCGUGGAAAGCCGGGCUUGUCGAAGAGUUCCAUGCGAUCGCAGCGAAACGAUGUGAAACACGUCGACAAGAAGCUGAGGGAGAUCAAGGACCAAAAGGCUCACUUUAACGAAAUGACGGGCAGCUUGGAAAGUCUCGUAACGCCAGUUAAUUCAAAAACUUUGACAAAAAGUGAAAAGAAGCAGGACAGUCCUGAUAAACAGGCCCUCAUCGAAGACGAUCUGCAAUCUAGUUCUCCGGUAAAGAUCAUCCAAUCGGCAUCAGCGGUAGCACAGCCGGAGAAGGAGGUAGCAACUGAGGAAAUAAGCAUCGAUCCGGUUGCAAAUAUGUUCGUAAUGCAACCGGAUGGCUCUCAUGAAUGCUAUACCGGGGUCUCGCCGAUUACCGAGAACGAGCCUGCCGUGCAUGAGAUUCGUAUCGACGAUGGGGAUCUCGUCAUCUUGACCGGCGGGAACGGCGAGAUCGUGUACCAUCCGGAGGAUACCGUUGCUAUAGACAUUAACGAUUCACGUGUUUUCGUCGUUGACGCACAGGAAAGUGGCGAUUCCUUUGUUCAGGCAACUGAGAGUCACGAGGACUUGGACAUCGAUAGUAUUAUACAGUUUUUGCCGGAGGAACAAGACACUACAACCAUGGAGAUUGACGGAGGAGUCCAGUUGGAAAGUUGUGCGGAUGAUACAGAUACGGCUCAACUGCCAAGUUGUGCAGUAAUUCAAGAAGAACCUGACCAAGAAAUUUCGGUGGAGCGUCAUAAAAUCAUUCAGCCACCAGAAGUUCGUAGUGAAAUGGUUGAGUUGCCAAAUCUUGUGGAGGACGACACUUCCCAGUCAAUUGGAUGAGUCAACGAAGCCUGGAGAUAACUAAUGUGAUGUCUAGAAAUUGUUUCAAUUUUUUAAACUAAAGCCAAUCUCCAAUCCAACAAAUAAACGACAUUGUACAAAAUAGGGUUCAGAAUGAUAAGAAUCGACACAGUCAAUCCUUAAGCUGUGUCUCGGAACUCGAGAACCAGUUGGUCACAAAGCAGAGGAGU